GUUCGGAAUGCAACAUCAUUUGUGGAGUCAUUUUUGCAAAAAUGCAACGGAGGUAGUAAGCGCCGAGAAGAUGUUGCUAUUGACGCUACCUCCGUGACUGUUUCCUCUUCUACAGAGUCUAUUUACGCGACCACCACCACCACAACAACUGUCGUCAACAGCAAUGAGAGGGAAGAGGAAACGGAACCCGAGCAGCAACACCAGCAGCCUAAAAGGAUAGGUGAUGUUGAUUGUCUAAAUGGUGGCGAUCGAGCGACUAUGAACACCGCCACUACAACUCCUGGUCUACAGGUUUCCUCUUCCUGCUCUAAUGGUGGUCGGAAGCGUGGGCGACCUGAUGGUGAGAUGCCAAACACCGAAGAAGGGGAGGGGAAGAAGAAACAGAAAAAGUCCUGUUUGGAGCUUGCUACUCCUACUUCGACUACUCAGCCCUCACAAAAUGGGCACAAGGAACAUCUACUCACCUCUGAUGAAACGAAAUCGGCGGCUUUUAUUGACGCUAAAUCCAGUAAAACAGCAGCAGCAGUAGCAGUAUCGAUUGCUACAACUGCUACUAGUGCUGGAAUAGGUGGCAUAAAAAUGACACUUCAUCCGGUUUAUCACAGUAGUGGGGAAAAGCUGACCUCAAAACCCAUUCCUCAACACUCCUCACUGACACCUCCAUCUCCUCCUCCUCCUUCUCAACCUACCGUAUCUUCCCCUCCUCACCUACCUUCUCUUCCUCCUCCUCCUCCUCCGCCUCCUCCGCCGCCCACAACUGUCUCUCAGAUACCUAUAGAGGUUAAACAGGCACCUCAACCAAUCCACCACUCAACUCCUGCGGUGUCAAGUGUUGCUAAGCCCCAAGCCACUCCUCAAUCAUCGACGUCUUCACUGGCUCCCCCACCCACACCCCCACUACCUUCAGGUCCCAUAUCAAAAUGGACUCCACGUGCUGUGGCGGAGUUCGUACGAGGUACCUCGGGGUGUGCCCCAUACGCUGACGCCUUUGAGAUAAAUGAGGUGGACGGUGAAGCUCUUGUACUUCUCUCUUCAUCAACAUCUAAUUUCAUUGCGCCUCCUCUUUCAAUGAAAAUUGGUCAUGCUCUCAAACUAGCAAACCGAGUCAAGACUCUCACUUCCUCUUCUACCUCUUAUUCUGAUACGAUUGUAGGCUGA